AGGCCAUUCGAUGUCGUCGUUAUUGGCGGCGGCCAUGCCGGCUCCGAAGCGUGCGCAGCAGCGGCCCGCGCUGGUGCCCGGACAGUUCUCAUCACUCCCAACAUCCACAACCUCGGCGUGUGCUCGUGCAACCCGAGUUUCGGCGGCAUCGGCAAGGGCACCAUUCUCCGCGAGAUUGACGCGCUGGACGGACUCGCCGGGCGCAUCAUCGACAAGGCCGGCGUGCAAUUCAGGGUGCUGAAUCGGAAAAAGGGGCCGGCGGUUUGGGGUCCGCGAGCCCAGAUCGACCGCGCCCUGUACAAGAAAUACAUGCGGGAGGAGCUCGAGUCGUACCCCAAUCUGUCCAUAGUCCUCGGCAGAGUAUCCGACAUUGUCGUCGCCGACAACCAUGACGACCCUGUAGCCGACGGCGCCAAGAGCAAGAUCACGGGCGUGCGCCUCGAGUCAGGCGAGGUGCUGCCCACCAGCCAAGUCGUCAUCACAACGGGGACCUUCCUUGGCGGCGAGAUUCACAUCGGCCUCGAAGCCUAUCCAUCCGGACGUAUGGGCGAGCAGGCGACCUUUGGGCUGAGCAAGUCCCUGCGCGACGCUGGCUUCCAGCUCGGCCGGCUCAAGACGGGCACCCCUCCACGACUCGCCAAGAACAGCAUCAAGUGGGAGAUACUCGAGGAGCAGCACGGCGACAACCCGCCAAUGCCCUUCAGCUACCUCAACGACACCGUUUCCGUCCAAGACCAGCUCCUCUGCUACGCCACCCACACCAACGAAGCGACUCACGACAUUGUGCGCGCCAACCUCGACAAGACCAUCCAUAUCCGCGAGACUGUCAAAGGCCCGCGCUACUGCCCCUCGCUCGAGUCCAAGAUCAUCCGCUUCGGCGACCGCGAGCGGCACAUUGUCUGGCUCGAGCCCGAAGGCUUCGACACGGACGUCAUCUACCCCAACGGACUGAGCAUGACGGUACCCGCGUCAGCGCAGGAACAGCUCCUCCGCACGAUCCGCGGCCUCGAAGACGUUGUCAUGCUCCAGCCGGGCUACGGCGUCGAGUACGACUACGUCGACCCGCGCAGCCUGAAGCGUACGCUUGAGACAAAAGCCAUCCGCGGCCUCUACCUCGCCGGCCAGAUCAACGGCACGACAGGGUACGAAGAGGCCGCCGGCCAGGGCAUCAUAGCGGGCAUCAACGCGGGUCGCGCAUCCCUCUCCCUGCCUGACGUCACCCUCUCGCGCGCCGACGGCUACAUCGGCAUCAUGAUCGACGAUCUCGUCACGAAGGGCGUGUCGGAACCCUACCGCAUGUUCACGUCGCGCUCCGAGUUCCGCCUCAGCACGCGCCCGGACAACGCCGACGCCCGCCUGACCCCGCGCGGCCGCGACUGGGGCGUCGUCUCGGACCUGCGCUGGCGUCGGUUCCGCGACGACGCGCAGCGCGCUGACGACCUCAAGCGAGUGCUGCGCGAGACGCUGCUCACGCCCGGCGCUUGGCGGCAGGCCGGGGUGCCGGUCGUGGCGGAGGGCAUGGAUAGCGGCGCGCGCAAGCGCGACGGGUUUGAGGUGUUGCGGUUGCCCGGCGUCGGACCGGAGCAUUUGAGCUCGGCCGUGCUUCCCGGGGUGAACGAGGUUGAUUUCCCGCUCCGGAUCAGGGAGCGGGUCGCCAUCGAGGUGGUGUAUGAGCCGUAUGUGCGGCUGCAGGAGGCCGAGGCGGCUAAGCUGAGGCGGGAUGAGGACUUGAGAUUGCCCGGGGAUUUGGACUAUGAGCGCGUGCAUGGCCUGUCCAUUGUCGAGAAGGCUGUGCUUAAGCAGGCGAGACCGGAGAGUAUCGCGCAGGCGAGGCGGAUCGAGGGGGUUACGCCGGCGGGGUUGGUCAAGUUGCUGGGGUUCGUGAGGAGGUUAGAGAAGGGGGCUGGUGCACGGAGGGGUGUGGCUGCGGGCGAAGAGGGUAGGGUCGUGGUGGAGGGAUUGGAUGUGACCGGUGUGGACGACCUCGAGACGCUCGAUGCUAAGAGUCGGGUGGCUGAGUUGUGA